AUGGAUUCGAUUGUGGGAUCUGUUUCUCCACAGCGGUCAGUGCUAAUAUUGUAUGGUACUGAAACCGGAAAUGCACAAGACUGUGCUGAAAUUCUUGCAAAAAAAUGCCAACGACUCAGAUUAAAUCCAACUGUUUGCGGUAUGGAUGAUUAUGAUGUUUCACAACUACCUUUAGAAUCAACAAUUAUAGUCAUUUGUUCGACAACUGGACAAGGUGAUUUGCCGAGAAAUGCGUUAAAAUUCUGGAGAUUUUUACUUCGAAAGAAGCUGCCCCCGACUUUAUUAUCUCAUAUUAGAUUCACAAGUUUUGGUUUGGGCGAUUCAUCAUAUCCAAGAUACAAUUGGGCAAUACGUAAAGUUCAUAAACGACUAAUGCAAUUGGGCGCUCGCGAAUUCAUUGGUAGAGGCGAGGGCGACGAAAUGGGUACAGAAAGUCUAGAUAGUCAAUUUGAAUCUUGGAUUGACCUUAUUAGCGAGCGUUUACUGCAACCAGAUAUGUUCCCUCUAGCGCCAGGAACUGAGGUGAUUAGUGACAAUAUCUUACUAGAGCCAAGGUAUAAACUGUCUGUUGACACAAAGAAAAUCAGAAGGCUUACUUCUGGUGAAGCUCAGACUGCAACCAUUGCAUUGACUCGAGGUGAUGCUCUAGUGGGAACUGUUGUUUCUAACAAACGCAUCACAGCACAAGAGCAUUUUCAAGAUGUCCGUAAUUUUGAAUUUACUGCCAGCCAAGAAGAUUCUACACCUUCUCUUGAUUAUCUCCCGGGUGAUACAGUAGGGCUUUAUCCUCGAAAUGAUGCUACUGAUGUAAAUGAGCUUCUCGAACACCAGGGGUGGUCUGAAAUUGCAGACCAUCCCGUCACUGUGAACGAGGAGUUUGAAAAGGCUAUUAUUGGUGGGUUGGUUAAGCCACUGACUCUGCGGUCGCUGAUAACACACCAUUUGGAUAUUUCUGCUAUCCCCCGAAGAAGCUUUUUUGCUGUGGCCUGGCACUUUUCUACAGAUAACGAGCGUGAACAGGAAAGACUAAAAGAGUUUUCAACUAUAGAGGGGCUGCAAGACUUGUAUGACUAUGCCAAUCGAUCUAGAAGAUCUAUAUUAGAAACCAUCACCGAAUUUUACUCGCUAAAAAUUCCUGUCGAGUACAUUCUUGACCUAAUCCCCAUUUUGAGACCACGACUAUUUUCUAUUUCAUCUCCUUCACCUGGAUCAUUUAGAGCCGUUAAUGAUGGUGUACAAACCAGCGACAAUGAAAAGCCAAGCGAUCCCGUAAACAAAACCAGUUUCAGUCUGACGAUAGCUAUCGUGAAAUACAAAACAAUCAUAAAGAGAAUUCGAAGAGGUGUAUGUACCAAAUGGGUUGAAGGGCUGACAGAAGGAGACAAAAUACCAUUUAGUUUAUUCCGGGCCUCGUUCAAGUCGGAAGAUGUUCACGAUAUUGAAACACCGAUCAUAAUGAUUGCACCAGGAACUGGCAUUGCCCCCAUGCGGAGCUUAAUACUCACCCGGGCAGCCAAAGAAGCUGUUCUACAGCCAGAUACAGCCGCUAGUAUGCUGUUGUUUUUCGGCUGCCGAUACAAAGAAAAGGAUUAUCUAUAUGAAGACGAUUGGAAUAGAGUUUCAAAUUCCGGCCACUCGUCGUUGACAGUGAUACCUGCCUUCUCGAGGGAGAAUGGCGGAUACGUGCAAGACAAGUUGUACUCAGCCAAAGACCAGGUAUCUGAGCUUCUUGUGAAACAGAAUGCAUCUAUAUACGUUUGCGGUUCGGCAGGAAAAAUGCCCCGCCAAGUGCGAAUCACAAUAGCCACUAUUCUCGAGGAGACGCAAAACUGGUCAACUGAAACGACAGAGGCAUAUGUCAGCAGCAUGGAGCGCACUGGCAGGUAUCUCCAAGAGACAUGGUAA